CCCCCUCCCCCUCUUCCCUUCCUUCCCCCACGCCUUGUCUUGGCUUUCCCUUACACGUGCGGACUCUGGGCUGGGCGACAUGAGUGACCAUGGCGUGCCGGCGGUGCCGGACCAUGUCGAGCACCUGCGGGCCGAGCUGGCGGUCGCCGAGCUCCGGGCCAAGUUUGAAGCCGAUCUGACAACUAAGGUAGAGUGCGAGGGUGUGGUGCCGCGGCCAGAGACGGCGGUCCGCCGGACGCGGGCCAACUCGCUGCUCCCAUCGCGCCACAAGAUCCAUCGCGACGAGCUGGAGCAGAAGCAGGCCGAGCUCGAGGCGCGGCUCGACGAGCUCAACGACGGCAAGAUCCAUCGCCAGCAAGAAGUCCGGUCUGCACGGGCAGGAUCAGUGCUGGAGGAGGCCAAGCUGGCUGACGCCGUCGAAAUGGUCCACGCUCAGCUCGAGGCCUUUCGCCGCCAGACCUCGCAGUCGCCGGCCACCCCGGUUACCGAUCGUAUCCGGAGCGGCGUGCCAACUGGCCGCCGCCGCUCGAUCUCAUCGCCGUCCAAGCCCAUUGGGCGGCGCAACAUCACACCAGUCUCUGCCAACGUUAUGGACAAAAUCAAGCUCGCCAACGCCGAGGAGUCGGUCGCCUCGGCCACCGAGGACUUUCGCAAGCAGCUCGAGGCUGCCAAGCGCGCGCAAGCGGCUGCUGAAGCUGAACGCGCCGCCGGCGCCGGCUCUAGCGGCGACGGCUACGAGGAUGCCGACGAGGAUGAGCUGUGAGCCACGCUGGAUCUGGUCCUUGCUCUGGCUCGCAAGCUGGAGGCGGUGCAGCCUCCCAGCUGGGCCUGCCCCCAGCCCUUGUGUUCCUUGCCGUGAUCAUCAUCAUCAUCAUCAUCGGGAUGCUUGAUGCUACCGCCGCACUGCAGUUCCC